AUGACGACUUCUUGCAUACAAUCGUUAGCGGAGCAGAUAAAGACAGAAGCUCAAGAAUCAUCCUCUAAUGGCUAUAGUCAUUCACACCUCCUUCAACUUGUCGAUGAGCUCAAGUUGGUCGUGGAGACACCCACCGAAACCAUCUUGCGUCUGAUAUACCAGCCUCCGGAAAAUGCGGCGUUGAGGACUGUGGUUGAUUUCGGCAUAUUCCCAAUCCUUAUCAACAGUCUCAAGGAAGAAGGCAUCUUGACAACGGAUAUAGCCGUUCAUACGGGAGCUAAUCGAGGUUUGGUUAGUGAGUCCCCUCCACAACUCAAGGAAAGACGACUGCAUGCUCACCGUUAUCGAGGUUGCCUCAUGCGGGUGAUAACAUCUCUAGGAUUGUGUUUGAGCAUCGAAGCAGAGGUCUACCAUCCAUCAGAGAAGACCCUCGCGAUGACUAAACCGAUCGGGCGUGACGGCGUCCCUUGCAUAUACGAUCUGACGGUUCCUGCACUGUCAAACCUUCCAGAAUAUCUCCGCCUCAACAACUACAAAAAUCCAGGGGAAUACUCAAAGUCUCCCAUGCAGUGGGCAGUGGGGAAAAGCCAAUUUGAAUGGCUUGAUGAGAACAAGAAGCAUCAGUCUCUCUUCAACUCACUGACGGAAGGGGCUAUAUGCAAAACGGAGGCUAUCUUCUUUGUUGAUAUAGGUGGUAACGAAGGUCACGAUUUGGAAAUUCUUCGUGCCAGGUAUUCCAGCCUUCCUGGCCGACUCCUUCAAGAUCUGCCCAGAAUGGUAAAAAACGUGGACAAAAAGGGAAUAGAAACCAUGGCCUACAGUUUCCUAGACCAACAGCCUGUCAGGAACGCCCGAGCGUACUACUUUAGAGCAGUCUUUCACGACUGGCCAGAUAAGAUUUGCAAACGAAUUUUGCUCAAUACUAUCUCUGCCAAGGAGGCACAAUACUCGCGCAUUAUCAUUGUUGACUUUGUGCUCCCUGACACAAAUGUCCCACGAAUGCAAUCUGCCAUGGAUAUCCAGAUAAUGAGCAUCGGAGCAGGUGUUGAGCGAUCGCGAAAGCAAUGGAUUGAUCCUCUGGCCAGUGUUGGCUUAAAGUUACAUGGGAUCUGGAAUACAAACCCAGCCAUGGAGUCGAUUAUUGAGGCCGUUCCAAUACAGGAAAGUGAGGAGCAUGGCGAGGAGAUUUGA